CGUACAUUGCUGUCAGAAUUGCGCUCAUUGAAAGACCGCAACAAAAAUAUUUUGAUUUGUUUCUGGUAAUAAGGAAAAGCACACGCUGUUGAAAAUGUUAUCCGAAUACCAAAAAUUAUUCUACAAUAACGUUCUAUCACAGACGAUAUCGAGUUGUGGCGAAUUUUUGUUUGCCGGCACAAAUUUCGGGGAUAUUUUUGUUUACAGCAUUCCACAAAUUUGCGUGAGCCCCGACGAACAUGGCACAGAAAUAGAAUCGCGUGGAAAUGGUGCAACCGGUGCCAUACUCAAGAACUCACUGGCCAAACCAAUUCAAGUGUUCAAUGUGACGGACAAUGGAAAAAAGCAACAAGUACAAAGCUUAGCGUUCUACGAGAAUUUCCUGAUUGUUGGCACGAAUGCGGGUCGUAUCAGCGGCUAUGCAUGGUAUAAAAAUCGCUUGACAAAGAAAACAUGGGAAACAUUUUUGGCCAAUCAAAAUUUAGCCGAUCAAAAUGACAUGAACUGCUUUUGGUUGCAAAAGAAUGACGGUGUUUUGUACGUUGGAUGUGGUGACAAUAACAUUUAUGCGGUGAACUUGGAAAGCGGCAAAACGAUUCGCAGUUUUAGCGGUCACACGGAUUAUGUACAUUGGAUUGAUGGUGCAGCCGGAUCCAGUUUAUACUCAGCCAGUGAAGAUGGAUCGAUUAAAUUUUGGGAUAAACGAGAAAAACGAUUUGCCAAUCAAUUGGAACCGUACAAAGAUGAUCGAUUGGAACGCACGCAAUUCGGUAAAUGGCAAGGUACAGUGUCCGUCACAGACGAUUGGCUUGUUUGUGGUGGUGGACCAAAACCAAGCCUGUAUCACUUACGUUCAUUAGAAUGUUCGACAAUAUUCGAUGUCAACAGUACCGUUCACGUUUCUGGAUUUCUCGACGACAUUGUCUACCUCGGCGGUGAUAACGACCAUCUGUUUCAGUACAAUUUGAAAGGUGAUGUGACGGCUAAGAUUCCCAUUUCAUCGUCAUCCAUUUACUCCGUUGUGUCACAGACGGCCCCCGAAAAAUUCAUGUCUAUCGCCGGUGCCAGCAACUGUUUAGACAUCUGUACGAAUUUCAAUUACAAAGACAUCAUGCUUAAACUGUAUGAAGCACCAAGUUAUUCCGCCGAAUGAAACUUACCGCACAUUGUCAUAAGCAAAAAGUUACAUUUAAGACUAAAUAAAUCGCAAACAUUGAAAUUAAACACUAA